GAGAAGCACUGCAACCCCCGCGCAUGGAGUCGCCCUUCUCCUCUCUUCGAAACCCCUCCUCUUUUGAUCCCUCCUCUGACCUUUGAGAUGGGGAGCCAUGCCGGCGGUGCGCUCGGUUUCGGCGAUCUUGCAGUGGUGGGGAUUCAAUGUCACCGUUAUCAUCACCAACAAAUGGAUCUUCCAGAAACUGGAUUUUACGUUUCCUCUCACCGUAUCAUGCAUCCAUUUUAUUUGUUCUGCUAUCGGAGCAUACAUCGCUAUUAGAUUACUCAGAGUUAAACCACUUAUUGAGGUUGAUCGUAGAGACCAUUGGAGAAGAAUAAUCCCAAUGUCCUGUGUAUUCUGCUUCAACAUUGUUCUAGGGAAUGUGAGCUUGCGUUACAUUCCCGUUUCAUUCAUGCAGACUAUCAAAUCAUUCACUCCUGCUACCACAGUUAUUUUGCAAUGGCUAGUUUGGGGAAAAAAUUUUGACCGGAGAAUUUGGGCUUCUUUGGUACCCAUUGUUGGAGGAAUUGUUCUGACCUCACUUACAGAGCUUAGUUUUAACAUAGUUGGAUUUUGUGCCGCAUUAUUUGGCUGCUUGGCUACAUCUACAAAAACAAUCCUGGCUGAGUCUCUACUUCAUGGAUACAAAUUUGAUAGCAUAAACACAGUCUACUACAUGACACCCCCAGCUACACUGUUCAUGUCAAUACUAGCAAUCAUAGUUGAGAGAAACGGAGUCGUGAACUGGUUCCAGACUCAUGAAUCCAUUCCAUCAUCCCUGAUCAUAAUUCUUAGCUCAGGAAUCUUAGCCUUCUUCCUCAACUUCUCCAUCUUUUAUGUGAUCCAUUCUACCACUGCAGUCACCUUCAAUGUUGCAGGAAAUCUGAAGGUUGCAGUUGCAAUCCUUGUAUCAUGGCUUAUUUUCCGAAAUCCAAUAUCACCUAUGAAUGCAAUUGGAUGCAGCAUCACCCUCCUGGGCUGCACUUUGUAUGGGCUUAUUAAGCAGAGCCUCUCACAGCAACCAGGGACACCUCGAACUCCUCGGACACCGAAGAUUCUCCGGUCAGAUAUACUCCCAUUGAUCAAUGAUAAACAAGAUAAGUUAUAAAGCUAUACUCUUGAUGAUACAAAGGGGGUGACUUACAUGCCUCUAAUUACAUAUAUGUAGAAAAACCAAAAUAGGAUUCUCUCAUUGUUUUGGAUUCUCUUUUUCUGGAUUUAUAUCUUUAUAUAUGAAGAAGCAGCAGCAGCACAAGUUCUGAAAAC